AUGUGCUCUUCAAUUUUAGACCUUCCUGCUUCAACUUCAUACCCAUCCAAUCCUGUACUCUCACCACCAACUAAUUCACCAUCACGAAUCACCGUCAAACAUCAAAUUACUCAAGCCAACCCUUCAUUAAUAUUCAUCAAUACCACCAUUAAUGGGAAACGUUUACGUGCUAUGCUUGAUACUGGUGCUACUAAUUCGUUCAUUACUCAACGUGCAUUAAAACAAUUAUACCAUUCAACAAUAUCCUAUUGUACUCGUCGAGCUCAAUUAGGUGAUGGUCAUACGACACUUCAGAUUACUGGUGAAGUUCAAUUACCACUUCAAUUCGCUUCUGUUAUUACACCAUUGAAGGUUCUUGUUGUUAAAAAUAUGAACUCUGACUUUAUCCUCGGCAGUGACUGGUGUACACAAAAUUCUGCACGCAUCGAUUAUGCAAACCAACACGUAUCUAUUCGUUCACCACGAGGACGUUUAUUUAUUCCAUAUGAUAAAGCUAUUGAUUAUAUUGCCUUAGAUGUUAAAACCAUUAAUGUUGUUAAAAUUCCACCACGUGAAUCCUGUACUGUACAAGCAAAAAUUGAAUUGUCUUCAGCUGAUGCCGUUUAUUUUUCACCUCUUGAUGCUCUUCAAUUAGACCAACCUAUUAUAAUGUCACCAUCGUUACUUCAUGUUAAAAAUUACACCACACAUUUGGAAAUAUACAAUUCUCAUGAUUAUACCUGUACAUUGCCUAUGAAUACUAUUCUUGGUAGAGCAACACACACGCCAUCUUCAAUUGAUUCUUUUAUUUUAUUUGAUCCAGCUAAUCACUCAUCACCAUCAUCCGUAUCAUCACAGUACGCUCUCAAUACCAUAACAUCAGACAACCCACCCCCUCAAUUACUUGCAACAGUCGACAAAUUACUUCAUCAUCUCACCGAUCCACAACAUACACAACAACUUCGUCAUAUUUUACAGCAAUAUCUAACAAUAUUUGAUAUUUCAACACCUACCCAAGCAAACACCCCAAUUCAACAUACCAUUAAUACUGGUAAUAAUCCACCUAUUAGCUCCCGUCCAUAUCCACGCACACCUCAACAACGACGUGAACUUCAAGCUGAAAUCCACAAGAUGUUACAAACCAAUCAAAUUCGUCCAUCCAAUUCUCCCUGGUCAUCUCCCGUUAUCAUUCACAAGAAAAAAGACGGUAGUGUCCGUUUCCUGGUCGACUAUCGCAAAUUAAAUUCAGUCACAAAAAAAGAUUCUUUUCCACAACCAACAACUGAAGAAUUGUUACAACGACUCGGUGGUCAUCGUUUUUAUACAAAAUUAGAUUUAAAAUCCGGUUACUUUCAAAUUCCCAUCCAUGAAGCUGACAAAGAAAAAACAGCAUUUGUCACCCAAGAUGGUCUAUGGGAAUUUAAUGUGCUUCCACAAGGAAUUAUGAAUGGACCACCCACCUUUCAACGUAUUAUGCACAAUCUUCUUGGUUACGGACGCUGGGAUUAUGUUAUGGUUUAUUUAGAUGAUAUCUUAAUAUUUUCUCGUACAUUUGAUGAACAUAAACAACAUUUAAACGAAAUAUUAUCACUAUUACAUGCAGCCAACUUCCAAAUUAAUCCUGCCAAAUGUUCUAUUGCCGUUCCAGAAAUUGAUUUUUUAAGCCAUACAAUCAACGAACAUCUCAUCAAACCAAAUGGUGAUAAAAUUAAAGCUAUUAUUGAUUUACCAACACCUCAAACUCUUAAAGAAGCUAAUGAAUUUCUCGGGAAAAUUAAUUGGUAUCGCAAAUUCAUCCCAAAUUUUGCUGUUAUAGCUGCACCCUUACACAAAGUUACUAACAAAACAAAAUCGCAUAGACAUGAAUUCACAUGGGGCCCCAAUCAACAGAAAGCAUUUGAAGAAUUUAAACGUAUUUUAACAUCAUCUCCAUUAUUUUUGGAAUACCCAGACCCUUCUACUCCAUUUAUUUUAACAACAGACGCUUCAGAUGUUGGAAUUGGUGGCAUCCUCCGACAAGACACUCCACGUGGUACAAAAAUUAAUUAUUUUAAAUCACGUGUUUUGGGUGAUACUGAACGCAAGUAUGAUACAUUUGAAAAAGAAGCUUUAGCGAUUUAUUGGUGCAUCACGGAACUUCGUCCUUAUCUUGGUGAUUCUAACUUCCUUAUUGAAACUGAUCACAAACCACUUGAAAAUUUCCAUCUUAAACAAAUUAAUAACAAACGCGUUAUGAAUUGGCUUUUCAAGUUGCAAGACAUGUUACCACAAAUCAUUGCUGUUAAAUAUCGCAAAGGUGCCAAUAAUACUGCUGCUGAUUAUAUUUCACGCCAUUUUCCUUCUAACCAAACAGAAAAUAUUUCUUCAUCCAGCCCUACUGACUCAUGCGACGAUUGGCCUCUCGGUUCCCAACAUUGGGUUGAACACUCACCGAAACCACAACGUUCACAAUUUAUUCAAUCUGAUUCGUCACACAACACCUUGUAUCCGGAUAAUCCAAUGACAAUGCAAGUUAACGCUGUUACAACACGAGCACAAGCAAAACGUCUUCAACAAUCAUCACCAAUCCCUACCUCACCGACCACAACUCCAUCAAAUAACCCUUCGAGCUCAACACUGUCUAAUCCAUUACAUGAUUUCAGUUUAACCAGAAUCAAAUCUGCACAAGAACAAGAUUCAAAUAUUCAAUCAAUAAUUCAAAAAAUCCGCAACCAUACCAACAAACAACCAUUUUCAUUUGAACACGACCUUCUCUAUAAGUUAGUUCCACGUGGUAACACAUACGUUAAACUACUUUAUGCACCUGCAAAACUAAUUCCAGAACUACUGGCUGCAUAUCACGAUCAUCACCUGAGUGGUCAUUUCGGUGUUGAUCGUACAUGGCGUACGCUAAAAAAUCUUUAUUUUUGGCCUCAAAUGAAACAAACAAUAGCACGUUAUAUCCAAUCAUGUACUCAAUGUUCGAAAUUUAAUAUUAGUCGUUGUAAACCACCUGGACUUUUACAGCCUAUUGAACCACCAAGUGAAGUCUUUCAAAUUUUAGGUUUGGAUUGGUGGGGACCUACCACUCCUUCACAUAAUGACAAUCGUUAUGUUUUAGUUAUAACUGAUCGACUCUCUGGUUAUGUCUUUGCCAAAGCUUCACCCACAAACACCGCUCAUGACACUGCUCGCAUCCUCAUGGAAGAAGUUAUUUUAGUUCAUGGUCCCCCGGAUAUUAUUAUUACAGAUCAAGGAACACACUUCAACAACGAAUUAAUAAAUGCUGUUUCGAAUUUAGUCGGUUGUACACAUGUUUUUUCUACACCAUAUCACCCACAAACCAAUGGUCAAACUGAACGUUGGAAUGCCACAUUUGUAGCUCAAAUUGCUAAAUUUUGCAAUGCCGAACAUGACAAUUGGGAUCUAUUUUUACCAUCUGUAGUUUACGCAUAUAAUCACGGUGUUCAUCAAUCAACGGGCUUCACACCUUACCAACUUGCCUUUGGUCGUCAACCACGUAACUCGUUUCAACCUCCGACAACUACAUUCAAAUUCACUAAACCACAUGACUACUGGACUCAAAUUAUGCAAUAUAGAAAUGUAGCGUUAAAACAAGCAAAAAACAAUAUUAUACAUCAACAGCAGCUCACUAAACGUCGUUUUGAUAACAAUCGAUCGCAUCCACAAUUUCUACCCGGUGAUCUAACACUUACUCAACUGGAUCUUUCAAAAAAUGAUAUCGGUCAUGAUGGAACAUUACAACUUGCAUUAGCACUUAGCAAUAAUAAGACAUAUAGUUUAAUAUUUCGAACGACUGUUGUCAUAUGUCUUUUCGUUCUAAAUUUUGCCUCAUUAACGAAUAAUUAUGAUUUUUUCGAUGAACAGUUAGAAAUUCUUUUCAAAAAUUGGCUUCAAGACAAUGACGACCAUCAAUACGAUUCAUUUGAUGAGUAUCAACGAAGAAUGAGCAUUUUCAAAGAGAAUUAUUUUAAAAUUCAACAAUUCAAUAAAAACUAUGGGUUACAUGGUGCGGUGUUUGACUUGAAUAAAUUUGCUGAUCAAACGGAAGAUGAAUUUCGAAACAAGAUUUUAAUGCAGUCUCAAACACCACCUAUACAUUCAGCAUUGAGGUAUAUGAAGUUUCCAACUGUUGCAAAUGUACCUAAUUCAUUCGAUUGGCGAGAUUAUGGUGCAGUUACACCUGUAAAAGAUCAAGGAGCAGUAGGUACAUGUUGGGCUUUUUCAACUGUUCAAAAUGUCGAAGGUCAAUGGUUUAUGAAAAGUAAAGCAUUGGCAGAGUUAUCUAUUGAACAAAUAGUCGAUUGUGAUGAUAUGCAAAACCCUGAUUUAGGACAAGCUGACUGUGGUGUUCAUGGUGGUUGGCCAUAUCUUAGUUUUCAAUAUAUGAUGCGUCAAGGCGGUAUUGAAUCCGAAUCAACCUAUCCUUAUUGUGCUGGAUUGAAAAAUUCAUGUAAACCGUGUAAUGCCCCUGGUUAUAAUAAAACCAUAUGUGGUCCUCCAGUACCAUAUUGUUUAAUCAAAGAUAGUUGUGAAAGUGCUUCAAUGAUGACUGGUCCAUUAUCUGCUGCACUGAAUGCUGAACAAUUACAAUUCUAUCAUGAAGGAAUUUUCAAUCCACCUGUUUGUAACCCAAAAACUCUUAAUCAUGCUGUACUUCUUGUCGGUUGGGGGCAAGAAGGAUCUACACCUUAUUGGAUUGUGAAAAACAGUUGGGAUGUUAAUUGGGGUGAACAUGGCUAUUUUCGUAUUCUACGCGGUAAUGGUACUUGUGGUAUUAAUACUCAAGUAACAACUGCUAUACUCCAUUAA